AUGGGUGGAGUCCAGGUAACAGACAUAAAGAAAACAUCAGAAACUAUUCAGUGGACAGAUGGAGCUACAAAUGGCAAUCCAAUAUUGCACUACACAAUUUCGGGGCGUACAAGAUGGAAUAACACGUGGAUGAAUCUUUCUCAAAAUGUAGAAGCAAAAGAAGUUUAUCUUUACAAUGGCCGUAAAGAAGCUGCAGUGGAAAAUGUUCUGUCACCCUGGUCUGGCUAUGAAUUUAGAGUACCAGCUGCAAAUGCUCUCGGUUAUGGACCUCCAUCUGCACCAUCACCUAUUUACAACACACCUGCUGAUGUUCCUCACAAAGCGCCAUCAAAUGUUGGAGGUGGUGGUGGGAAAAUUGGUGAACUGACCAUCACAUGGGAUUUGAAAUAUUGGAAGGAAAAGAACCGUGAAGAAGAUGCUGUUUAUUACCUUAGCUGUAGCACUCGGCCUUGGGCAAUUGUAGUUGGCCUGGAACCAGACACAUAUUAUUAUGUGAAAGUCAUGGCUUAUAAUUCUGCAGGAGAAGGCCCUGAAAGUGAGAGGUUCUUAGAGCGAACAUACAGGAAAGCUCCUCAAAAGCCUCCAUCGACAGUGCAAGUAUUUGGUGUGAACCCUACAACUGUCAAGGUCCGUAUUUGGGAGAUUGAUCAAGACAUGAGCACAGCAAAUGACACAAUUGUUUAUGUCAGUUCCAAGCUAGAAGCAUAUGUGGAUAAUUUGUCACCAGGUAAAAUCUAUUACAUGAGGGUCUUGGCAUUUUCAAAUGGAGGUGAUGGUAGAAUGUCUUCUCCGGCAUUGACUUUUCAGAUGGUGAUGAACAUUCCUCCACCUCCAAAAAAGUUUUAUGUUUACAACAAGACUAUUGGUGCAGUUGUAGCUGAGUUGGCAGAUACAUGGGCAUACAUCCCUAAAUGGCAUUGUGUCAAGACUAUUGCUGCAGUUGUAGCUGAGUUGCUGUGGACAAAUGAGCUGCUCGGGGGAACACAAUGGUAA